AUGAAAUUAAACUGGGGGUGUCUGGGGUGCUCUCUGGCCCCCCAAGCCCCCCGGGUGAUGGAGAGAGGGGGGGGACACGCUCGCUUGACAGGAACCUAGAGGGGAGGGGGUGUGGGGGGGAGAGGGCAGGGGCGCCACUCUCUCUCUCGAUCGGGGAGAGAGGAAGUGGGAGAUGGCCUGGGGGGAGAGAGGAGUGAGAGACACACAGGCGAACAGCGAGAGAGAAAGAGAGAGAGAGAGAGAGAACACGACUGCCGGAGGAGGAGGAGGAGGAGGAGGAGGAGGAGGAGGAGGAGGAGGAGGAGGAGGAAGAAGAGAGAGAGGAGGAAGUCUUGAACGCCUACUGGACCCUGACGAAAGAGCAGGAGGAGGAGGAGGAGGAGGAGGAGGAGGAGGAGGAGGAGGAGAAGGAGUGCCGUUAAGAAAAGUUGGGAUUCGAUCUGCACUACAAAUUUGGCAUAAAGAAAAGAUAAAUAGUGAUAUUACUACUACUACUACUACUACUACUACUACUACUACUACUGCUAAGGCUCGCCACCACCACCACCACCACCAUCAACAACAACAACAACAACAACAACAACACAAAGAAUUACGAGAAACGAGAUCCCUCUCUAUACUAACGAAGGAGCCAGCAGGGAGAGGAGUGGGGGACGGGGGGGACAGUGGGAGGGGGGCAGCUGCUAACCCCUCCCUCCCCUCCACCUCCUCCUCCGCCCCCCCGCCCCCCCAGCUAAAGAAAACGGGAAGCAGGAAGAGAGAGGCCAGGAGACACACACUGCAAAAUGGGAUUGACACAAAUAUGUUGUGUCGCCUGAAGCAGCUGGAGGCGGAGCGGGACAUGCUGGUACAGGGUUGUGAGGUGGUGGAGCGAGCAAGGGUGUGGUACAGGGAGCAGCUGGCGACUACCACUGAUCGCAUCUACUCACUGCCCCACGCUACCCACAAGAUGGAACCCACACUGGAGACCCAACAAGAACGUCUCCAUUUCCAGCUGGCAAGAAUUCACGAAGUUAACCUGCAUCUGAUUGCCCUGAUGGCUGUGGGGGAGGGGGGGCCUGUCCUCCCCCAUGAACCUCCCCCUGGCCCCCUCCGCCCCCCCAGCGGCCCCCAGCCCCCCCUCGUCUCGGCACGGCAGCAGGAGGAGCAGAGACUCGUUACCAAACUGAAGGAACAGAAUCACCAGUUGACUGAGGAGGUGAGCAACAAGAGUGAACGCAUCGCCAUCUUGGAGAGGGAGAAAGCUGCCCUCCUGCGGGAACUCUUCCAGCCCCGCCCCGCCGCCCCCCCUGCCCCGCACCACCCCCUCGGGCCCCCCACCGCCACCACCACCACCGCCACUGCCGAUUCAACCUUUAUGUGACCUCCUCUGACCUGUAUUGACUUCACUGUGACCUCUUCUGACCUGUUUUGACCACUGUGACCCCCUCUGACCUUUACUGAAUUCACUGUGACCCUCUCUGACCUGUACUGUCCUUCUGUGACCUGCCAUGACUUGGACUGAUCUUAAUGUGACUCCCUCUGACCUUUACUGACCUUCUGUGACCUCCCAUGACCUUUACUGACCUCACUGUGACCUUAUGAUCUGCUAUGACCUUUUUAAUUAUGAUCCCUGUGUGCACUGCCAUAACUCCUGACCCCAAUGUGACCUCCUGUGACCUCUGACCUACCAUGACCACCACUGUGACCUUUACUGACCUGGCCUGACUCCAAUGUGACCUGUACUGACAUCCUGUGAUCUGCCAUGACCUCCUGUGACCUGCCAUAACUCCAGUGUGACCUGCCAUGACCCCAGUGUGACCUCUUGUGACCUGUGUUGUGAAUGAAAUAGUUUUGUGCCUUAACUAACUUACAAAUGCAAGAUUCUCACUUAUAAUAACAAGAAAAAAAAAAGAGAUUACGUUUUCUUUUUCACGCAGAGAAUGAAGUGUUUUUGUCAAUCUGGCCAUUAAUCCAAACAUUUUCCCUCUUACAAACAGAAUUCUCAUUAUUUUUCGCCUCGUUUAAACUCAAACAAGUGAUUUUUUUUGUAUUUUUUUAGCCAAUAACGAAAGAAAAGAUUAUAUUUUCUUUGUAUACUCAGAAUGAAGUGUUUUUGUCAGGCUGCCCUCUUACAAACGAAAUUCUCAUUAUUUUUCGCCUCAUUCAAACUCAAACAAGUGAAUUUUUUUGUAUUUUUUAGCCAAUAACGAAAGAAAAGAUUAUAUUUUCUUUGUACACUCAGAAUGAAGUGUUUUUGUCAGUCUGACCACUUACAAACAGAAUUCUCAUUAUUUUUCGUCUCAUUCAAACUCAAACAAGUGAAUUUUUUGUAUUUUUUUAGCCAAUAACGAAAGAAAAGAUUAUAUUUUCUUUGUACACUCAGAAUGAAGUGUUUUUGUCAGGCUGCCCUCUUACAAAUGGAAUUCUCAUUAUUUUUCGCCUCAUUCAAACUCAAACAAGUGAAUAUUUUUGUAUUUUUUUAGCCAAUAACGAAAGAAAAGAUUAUAUUUUCUUUGUACGGUUAAAAUGAAGUGUUUUUGUCAGGCUGCCCUCUUACAAAUGGAAUUCUCAUUAUUUUUCGUCUCAUUUAAACACAAACAAGUGAAUUUUUUUGUAUUCUUUAAGCCAAUAAUGAAAGAAAAGAUUAUAUUUUCUUUGUACGCUGAAAAUGAAGUGUUUUUGUCACUCUGGCCAUUAAUCCGAACAUUUCCCCUCUUACAAACGGAAUUCUCAUGUUUUUCCGCCUCGUUUAAACACAAGCAAGUGAUUUUCUUAAUUUUUUACGUCAAUUGUGAUGAAUUUUGACGUUUUUCUCUUCGUUUUUCAUUUUCUACGCCACCAAUUCUCAAAAAAAACAAUAACAAAAGAUGGAAAAUUAAAAAAACAGCCGAUUUUUUACGAUUUUUCAAACAAACGCUGAUAAAAACACCAUAAAUAAAUAAAUAAAUAAAUAAAAACAAAAAUAAUUAAAAAAAACGCAAAA